AUUAACAGGUCGUUCGACUGUUGUACCUUAACUGCCAUACCCGAAGGAAACGCUAUCUCGCAAGGUACAACCCUAAUCUGCACAUAAUGCUGACAGACUGCAAAGCCUGAACGGCGACUGAGACGGCGACGGCAACUUACCCCCUUCCUCUCUCGAUCAGCAUCAGAGAACCAGUAUGAACUGAAUCCACUGUUUUUUUCUUCUUCUCGGAGACACAAACUAUAACAACCGCCAACAUGGAGUCUCCUACACCUGAUCUCAACUAUGAUGCUUCUUCUCCUCACCGGAUAAUGUUGACAAGUGAAGGAGAUGAUUCUGUCAGCUUAAAGAGAAAGAAAGGAAAUGAGAGGAAGGCUGAAGGAAGCAAUAAUAAGAAUAAAAAGCGAGAUGAUUAUAUUCGUCCUGCUUGUUCUUGGGUGCAUUUUAGCCGUGAAUUUAUCAAAGAGUACAGUGCAUCACAUCCUGAAUCUUCUGGUCUGAAAGCUGCUACAAAGGCAGCAUCAGAUGCUUGGAAGCAGAUGGGCCCUGAAGAGAAAGAGAAAUACACAAAUCGCGCUCGUGAAGUAUGGGAUGAAUACUUAAGCUCUGCACCCCCACGUUCUCCUAAGCCAAGGAAACAGAGUAAAUUGGUGACAAGAUGCUCCCCAGGCCGUUUAUUACAUGUGUUACAACAGCUCUCUCCUGAGCAAAGAGAUUCUGUGAAGAGCAUGGGGUUUGGCAGUAUUCUCGGUCUUAGAUGUCGGACACUUCGGCGGAGUCUCUGUCUUUGGCUGUUGGAAAGGUUUAAUGGGGUAAGGUGCAGUUUAGAAAUUUGCGGUGAGAAGGUUCCUUUAACUCCACGGGAUGUGGAACUCGUUAUGGGAUUAGCAGCCAGUGGGGAAGAUGUGGUAAAUUCAGGACCAGAUGAAUCAAUUCUAGAACUACGUAAGAAGUAUGAAGCUACAAAUCGCGGGAUUUCUGUGCGUCUUUUGGAGGAGCGGUUGACAUCUCCAGAUUCAGGGGAAGAUUUCAAGAGAUCAUUCGUUCUUUAUGUAUUGGGUACUCUCUUGUGCCCAACUGCAAGAUUGGAUGUUAGCCCUUCGUUUCUCCAUUUCUUAACAGAUAUGAAUGUGAUCCACCAGUUCAACUGGGGAAAGUUUUUGCUUGAUCGAUUAGUGCGUGAGGUUUCUCGAUUUCGCCAAGGAAAACAACGUGCAGUAGGGGGCUGCCUUCUGUUUCUCCAGCUCUUUUACUAUGAGAGUGUCGCAGUCAGGGCCGUAUAUGAAUUAGCCCCUGUUGCUUUUCCUUGUUUAUUCUCAUGGGGUGAAGAGGAAAUUACUGAGAGAGAAAAACUAGAAAAAGAGAUGGGAGGUUAUGGUAACGGCGAGUGUGUUUGCAAGGAAAGAGGGCUUGGGAUGGGUCCAAUGGGAUACCGUGGACAGAUUGACGGUGAUGUGCUCAAGACUAUGGGGCCAAAUGAUGAGGAUAUGGAUGAUCAAGCCAAUGAAGAGAUCCUUGCAGUAGAGGGAAAAACUCCCAUUGAUGUGCCCACUUAUUCCAACCAAGCACCUUGUGGAAACACGAGUUAUGGAUGCUUAGUAACCAUGGAUUGCGUGAACAGUAAAGACCAUGCGGAGUUCUGUGCAUAUGCACCAUGCAUAUGCCCUAUUAAGACCUGUGACUUUAUUGAUUCAUCCAUACAGCUCUCCCACCAUUUCAGCAGCUGUCAUUGGGAUUCAGGGAAACGCUUCCAAUACAACUCUCCUUUACGCGUAACGUUGGGGAAGAAGGAACCGUUCCUUGUGCUGCAAGCGGAAGAAGACGGGAUGUUGUUUCUGCUGUCCAGGGAAACAGAGAGCAUUGGGUAUCGGGUUAUGAUCACCAGCAUUCGCCCAAGCACCACAACCACUCACUACUCAUAUGACAUUGUUUCAGAAAAAGGAAGCAGCUCUUUGAGGCUACAAUCUGUUGCUCAAAAUUUUCCGGGCAGGAUUGAAGGAUUCCCACCAGAUUUUCUUCUGAUUCCUUUUACUUACACGAAUAGUUCUGGGAAACUGGAAUUUGAUGUCUGUAUAUGGAGUUCAACGGAUGCAAACCCCAUGACCGAUGAUAUACCUUGAAUAAAUUUUGAAAUAGUAUUACAUACGAAGUAUGUACUUCAAUAGUUAUUGACUUACAGUUAAAUGAUCUUCCAGUCUAGUGAUUUAAAGAGCCAAUGGAACUAUAGAGAAGCCAACUACGACCUGUUUCAAUAAGUCUGGCCUACUUGCUUGUCUAGAUUGAUCAAUUUACAUAGUCUAAGGAUGAUAAAUUA